AAAAGACUUUCUGAGCAUUUGAUUCAGAAAUUUUAUAAAACUGGUAACUAUUCUGGUAGCUUUUUUUAUGAAAACAUCGUCAACUGAUUUGGUAAAAAAUACAACCGAUAAAAGAAAAAGUAUGAACUUUUCUUUAGUUGCAACCAAGUAUGAUGGGCUUUAAAUGAUAUGACAAUUCAAUAAAUUUUAUCUUUUGCAAAACUACAAGCCAUGUUUUUUUAUAUACUUUCUCCUUUAUAUUUGUUAAAUAUUUUGAUAAUUACCGAUUAUUUCAUUUCUGACGAGUGAAUAAGAUACGGACAGGUUACUCCCUGGUUUGCUUCAAGAAUUCAUUAAAGAAAAAGGAAAUUUCGUAACUAAAUAAAAUACUACUUUAUGCAGCAAGUACUUAAUGGGUUCUUCAUGAUUCCCAGAGCUUCUACAGGGGAAUAAAAAGAUAGAGAUGAAAAGCAGCAGUAGACAAGGGCACGUUGUGUUCUUUCAAACAUGCAUGACAUGGUCGUGAAGAUGUUGUUUAAUGGGAUCCACAAUACCCAUUCACCUUUGUCGUCUCUUCUUAAUUGCACUGAGAAAAUAGUCUCUAAUUCAAGCUGACAACCGAACCCAAUCUUCAAAAUCAUGGCCCUGAAAUGAUAUCUGUAUGAGAAACAUUGAAAGACACUUGUAGGUUUUGUGGGAUUUUGUUUUUAAAAUUUGAUGGUUCUAUAUACUGAAUGCAUGGAAGCUUAUUUGGAUCAAAGAUCAGAUCUUUGAGUUUCUUUGUUUCUGUUGUAAGAAAAACAUGGAGAAUGGAAUGAUUGAUGAAGAUAAAUCACUGGCUUUAACGCCUACAUGGGCUUUGGCUACAGUUGUUAUUAUUAUGGUUUCUCUUGGUUUCUUCUUUCAUGCCUCCUUGAAACGGUGUGGAAAGUGGUUAGAUGAGACUAAGAGGAAAGCAUUACUUUCAGCUCUGGAAAAGAUCAAAGAUGAGCUAAUGCUUUUUGGGCUUCUCUCGUUGCUGAUGGGUCAUUGGGUUGUGAUUGUGGCUAAGAUUUGUGUCAAAUCAUCAGCUGUUAGCAGCAGAUUUUUCCCGUGUGCAGUAAAUGAUGAUUUGAAAUCGGAACAAAACAUUCUCGAUACAAGUUCAAGCUAUACUAAUGAUUUUUAUCCUAGGAAAGAGACGUACACCUUGAUAGAUAGUCAUCAUCAUUGCCCUGAGGGUCAUGAAUCUUUUGCUUCUCAAGAAAGUCUCGAACAGCUUCAUCGAUUGAUGUUUGUUCUGGGCGUUGUCCAUGUUUUAUAUAGCUUUUUCGUUGUUGCCCUGGCUAUGAUUAAGAUUUAUAGCUGGAAAAUCUGGGAAAAACAAGCUAGGAAUAUGGCUACUCAGAGCGUACAAGGAUCAAUAGGUUCUUCUGAAGCUGCAUUUUACAGUAGAAGAAUGACACGACUAACAACCUUCAUUUCUCACCGUACAUCCCAUCCUUGGAGUCAGAACAGAGUGCUUGUUUGGCUGCUUUGUUUCAGCCGCCAAUUCUGGAGUUCUAUAAACUAUGCUGACUACAUGGCUUUGCGCUAUGGAUUUAUCACUACACAUGAACUUCCUUUGAAAUAUGAUUUCCAUAAUUUUAUACUUCGGAGCAUGGAGGAAGAAUUUCAUGAUGUUGUUGGCAUUAGCUGGCCUCUCUGGGUUUAUGCCAUAUGUUGCAUUUUUCUAAAUUUCCAUGAAACUGAAGUUUACUUUUGGCUCUCCUUUCUCCCAGCCAUUUUAGUACUACUAAUUGGUACCAAACUUCACCGGAUAGUGGUCAAGCUGGCUGUCGAAAUCACAGAUCCAGUUCCAAGAUUUGGAAAUCAUCCUUUAAACCUGAGGGAUGAGCUAUUUUGGUUUGGGAAACCUAGACUUCUUUUGUGCAUAAUCCAAUUAAUAUCAUUUCAGAAUGCUUUUGAGAUGGCAACAUUCUUAUGGUCCUUGUGGGAAAUUAGAGAUUCUUCUUGUUUCAUGGCUAAUCAAUGGUUUGUUGGAGUCCGAUUGGUAUUCGGGGUGGUCAGCCAGUUCUGGUGUAGCUUCAUCACAUUCCCACUAUAUAUUAUCAUAACACAGAUGGAUGCAAAGUUCAAGAAAACUGUAGUUUCAGAAAACGUAAGGAGAUCACUGCAUGGAUGGAAAAGGAGAGUGAAGGCCAGGCAUAAUUCCACUUCUGCAACUAUGAAAGGUUUAUCAUCAACUACAUUAUGGAAUUAUAGGACACAUAAGCACCAAAUUGACAAGUCAGCUUCGAGCAGCAUACAAGGAAGCACCUGGGGUUUUACAGAUAGAACCACCUCAUAUCAAGAGCCCUCUACUGAACAGGCUAAUAGAAAUGAAAUACUGCCGAUGCUUGAAGUUCCACUUUGUUCUUACAUUCGCUAUGACAGUUGUAGUGAGAACGAUAAUGAUCAGAUUACUGACAUAAAAGGUUGAUAAAUGCUUCAUUUGAUAA